GCAAGCUAAAGACAUUAUGCACAAUCACAAUUCGUUAGAAAUUUAACUUUUUAUAGACAAGCAGUUAUUUUGGCCAAGCAAAGCCAAAAAUUAAAGCAAUUAGUAUGCGUGUGUCGUAGUCAAUAAAUUUACGUAUAGACGUAUAGUAGUAAACAAUUGUCUAUGAGCAAUCAGCUGAUCGGAAUGAUGCUGCUCUCGGCUAUAUGUAUACUGACACACACACACACACACACACACACACACAAAGACUAGCAGCUCCAGCUACUUAUGAUAGCAACCGUAUUUUAUAGCAACAAUAAAAACUCUCGCUCUCUCUCGCACAUUUGGCUCACACUGAUGUCUCCCAACAGCUGAUGGAUGAGAUCGCAGCGAUGCCUCCAAAAAGCAAAUAAAGCACAAAACACAGAAAAUAUGUCAGCGUUUCGCAUUUGCGCCUCAUUUGAACUUCAAACGCGAGAAAAGUAACACAGAGCGCGCGAGAGAUACGGAUGUCGCACAGUGAUUAAAAAAGUAAACCGCAACUGCCCAGGCAGAUUUAGAACAUGUAUUAAACAUAUGGAAACAUACACUGUUAUCUACUACAUAUAUGGAAACAUACACAAAUCUGCUGCAAUUCGCGUUGUACCCGCAGAAGUCAUGUACACUCCGUUGAACAUCGCGAAGUUUACACGUAUUUCCGCAGAGUUCGCAUCGACUACGUACCUGAGCUUGUGCCUGUGAUUUCAGUGUCUUCCAGUGGCAAUGAGCUAUCAAAGCACAUUUAUUAAUGAAAAUUCAUUUGCGUUUACUCUUCUGCUGCUCGUGGCUAUUUUUGGCAGGUUUUGUGGCGUCGUGGAUGCUUACACUGGCAAUGUCACCCCAACUAAAACAGCAGUAGCUAAUAUACCCGCCUUGAUACCCAGCCUUAGUUGCGUUAACUGGACAACAGCGCCAGAGGCUGCGGAUGGGAACUGCACGAGGCUGACGCGCAAUGGACUGAUCCGAUGCUAUGGCGGCAUGAACAAUGUGGGAAUACUAAACUCGAGGCUAGGCAAAGUUGUGCAGGCACAACAGAUGCUGUUAUGCGGCUGGCCCAGGGAGUCCUUCAAUCCUCUGCGAGAGCUGCAAAAGUUUUCCCAGCUGCGCUCCCUGACCAUCGAGUACAGCGGCUUCACAGAGUUCAAUAUUGAUUUUCCGGAUAUGUAUCAUCUGCAGGCCAUAAACAUUUCGUGGACGAAUCUCUCGUAUAUUUCGACGCGCACCUUUAAGCGCAUUCAUGCGCUGGAAAUCUUAGAUCUGCGCUGGAAUCAGCUCAUCCAACUGGACGGACCACUGAUGCUGCCGCACUCCUUCCAGCAGCUCUACCUGGCCGGCAAUCCGUGGAACUGCACGCGCAACUUCAAGUGGCUGCUGCUCCAGCCAGAGAAGGGUCGCCUCGUAGUGGAUCGCGAGGAGAUCAUCUGCGCCGAUCGCAAGUACAAGGAGCGACAAAUGCUGCUGGUCAUGCACUACAAGGUGGUCCUACGCAGAGAGUGUCAAUCGCAUCCAGAUCUGCUCAACUGCACCUGCCUGAUGCAUCACAUAAUUCCCAAGUCCUACAUUCCACUCUACACGGUCAACUGCUCGCAUCUGCAGUUUCACAAUCUGCCCGCCUAUUUGCCAGAGAAUACAACCACCUUGUACAUCAAUAAUAAUCUGAUCAGUGAUAUUAAUCCGCUGCGGGACAAUCCCCACUAUCACCACGUGGUGGACGUGCAGCUGGAGAACAAUUUGAUCUCAAACAUCGACGUGCUGGAGGACACCUACUGGCUGCAGAACUUUCGCCUGUUCAACCUGCAGGGCAAUCAGCUGCGCAAGCUGCAGGUGUACGCCAUGGACAAUGCGCUGAACGAUAAUGAGAAUGCCAAUCUUCUGCUGGUGAGCAAGAAUCCCUGGCAUUGCACCUGCAAGUUUGGCAUGCGACUGCGCGAGCUCCUCACCAAGUACAAGGACAUUGUGAGGGACGCCUGGAAUGUCACCUGCACCUAUAUGCAGGGCGACGAGCUGCGGCUGGCCAAGGUCUUGACCCUCACCCGCCACGACAUGUGCAACAUCAGUGCCGAGGACGAUACGCGCAUCCAUCCCAUUGACUGGCUCAACUGUGUGCUGGCCAGCCUCAUCAUUCUAAUCCUGGGCAAGCUGGCGUAUGACUAUUAUUUCUAUAGGUAUCACGGCCGGGUGCCAUGGAUAGUGAUGAAAAUGCCGUAGGAAAGUUGCAUAAAGUUGUUGGCUAUAGGAAUUGUUUAUUAUAGUCACUGCCAAUAAUCAGAACAAAUCUUUAGGGGCACUUUGAGGAUCCGUAAUAGCAACUCAGGAAUCAGGAUUGAGUCAGGAUAUCUUCAAGUACUUCUCCUAGUCUCUAAAAUUCCUUUCUAAUUUCUUAAAAUUUUGGCAUAAUAUUAUAUACCUAAAGGAAUGCAGCACAACUGUCAGAUAUCCUUAAAGUUGCUCCUUUGGUUUCAAUAUAGUCUAUUUAGUCUGAGUCUCUGUUAGUAUAUGCUUUGCCUUAGCAUAUGCUUAUCCUGUAUUAUUAGCUCAAAGUAUUAUUCAAAUUAACAUAAGAUUAAACCAAUGCCAAAUGGCAAAAACCCUCAAUAUUAACUAUGUACCUAAUGCAAAAGUGAAUAUCGGAAUGUGACUUAAGAAACAAACCUGAUCUAUGUUACGUUACUAGGUAUUUUUUUCUUAUUAUUGAGUUAAGCUUAGAAAUUUCAAAUGAGAAAAACUUUUAAAAUAUAUAAUUUGUUAUUGCAGAUUUUAAGCAUUUUUGAAGAAACUUCAGGAAAUAGUUGUUUAGUAGAUGGAAGGCAUCGGGUAUGCUGCUCUGGAUUUGUUAUAUCAAAUAGAACAAAUUAAAUUAAUGAAAUGAAAAUUAUAUUAAAAUUAUAUAUGUAUAAUAAAAAAUAUAUUAAUAAAUUAAAAAACUAUUUUUAAAUAUUAAUUAUUUUUUAUGGAUUUAUCAAAAGGCUCAGCUAACUAAUUCAGCGUUUUAUUUUUAUUUUUAUUUUAUUUUAUUUUUUUUUUUGUAAUAUCAAAUUAAAUGUAUAAAAAAACAUUUAUUUUUUUAUAAGCACAUUCGUCAGAAGUGUACUGAAUAUAAAAAUAAAAAAAUAAAUAAAUAAAUACA